AUGGCAACCUACAACACCAGACAAUUCCUAUCGCAAGCGGUGACGAUCUCUUCAGACGCCGCCAUGGCCGGAAAUGGCGCGCAAGUCAGCGCGCCAUCUCCAACACCAACAACAAGCUCACUUCAUUCCAUUGAUGACCACGCGCCUUCCACACCCAGACAUGACGCACCUACGGCAUCUAUUGAUACCAGCCUCCCGUCGAACACUCCUGUUGAGCAGAGCAUCGCGAUUGAGCCCACAAAGCCUACCGCGCCUGCUCCCCUUGGAGUAGCGCAAGCGACAGCCCUUACACCAUCCGCAGCUUACCCCACACCUGAGAACGCGGACAGAGGAAACAAGCGACAUGACGCAGAGGUGAAACACGGGAUCGAUGUCAAGUACCCAGUCGCAAUGCAGUCAUACGAUCCCCAGGACAUGUUCUUUGCGAAAUCUCACAUGAAGUCCUGGACAGAAGAACAGAUGGCGAAAGAAUAUGACAGGCUGGCAGGAGCGUAUAUGGCACUCAGACACGAACACAUCUCCGCCCUUGUCGACCAAGACAACAACGAGAAGAACGUACGCCGCCAGGUAGUCGACUCGCGCCAAUCUCUCGCAAACGGAGCUCAGAUGUUGCUGUGGAACUCCGAAGCAGCGUUCGAAGCAUCGAAGGCGAUUGCCGGAAGGAUAUGUCAACCAUCCAUCUGGACUGACCCGCAAACACAUACUCAGUACACCGGGAAAGCACCAGGAACCUUUACACCACAAGAGGCACAGAAUAUCCUCAACCUGUACAAGGACGACUGCAUCAAAGACUUGAAAGGUGUCGCACUGGCAGCUACCGGCGCGAACCUCGAAGAAUUCGGCAUCGACGAGACCAUCGUUACGCAGGCGUACGAUCUACCUGGCGAUAGAUCGUGGUUCGAGAAGAUCAGUGACAAUUGGAAGGACGCUGCCAGGGAUGUACUGGUGGACAGCAGCAUGACUCUCGACAUCAUCGAGGAAGCCCCACCCCGGCGCCAAAUGAGCCGGCGAGACGUAAGGGAGAUGUUUAAGCAGGCAGCUCAGACAGGAUACGUACAGCAUGAGAACUACGAGAUCAUGCUUCGCGCUGAGGUCGUAGAGUCGUGGCAUGAAUGCGAGCGAGAACACCCCGAGUUCGUCGAAAUAGCCCAAUCCGUCAAGGCAACGAUCGACGACACGCGCGAGUCUCUGCGCAACAGCGUCGAUGAUACACCCGUACCUGUCACUGGCGCUUACAAGGUCGCGUCGAGGGAUGGAAACUAUGCAGCUGGAGUCGUCCUCAAGGAGCUUGAGACUGUCUUCUACAAGCGACAGCUGGUACUAAACAAGGUUCGCAGGAGCAUACGGAACGCUAUACUGGAAGAGCUUGCUCAAGAAAUGCGAUCUUUGCUGAAAACGUCCACUAAAUCAACAACUUCAAGGCUGACCACCGGUAAGGGUGGCGCACCAAAACCGAUCCGCAAAGAGGCCAAAGAUGCCCAAGCCGAGCUUUAG